ACAGCAAGAAAUAGAGAUGUGUGUAAGUCGCGACUCUAUCAAGUUUCGUGGUGAACGGAGAACUAUAUCGUAGUGAAAGGAGCUCAUCGAGAUAUCAUGGCCCACAGCUGCACAUGUCCUGUGGCGCCACCACGUCGUUCUGAACCGUAAUCGCGCCUCCGACAAGAGGCAUCAGCACUGCCAUGUAUCCGCAGAACAAGACGAAGAGCCCUUCUAGCGACAAGUCAAGAUGUGCGCCACAAAUGACAACGACGGUGCCCCCAAAGAUCACCACACCCAGUGACUGGGCUCCUGAAAGAUUGGGAAUAAGGAUGGCUGCGGCUGGGAUCGUCAAGAGCAACCCGAAACCAAUGACUACCAAGGCGGUCCAUGUCCUGUGCAGAUUCGAUGGUGAUAGUCUCAACUCUUUGCCGUUGUCGUUGUCGUCGUCGUCGGAUCUCCUCCGGCAAAGAAAAUGGAGCGCCAGCUGCCUUCCACGUUAGUCACUUCAUCUUUAUCACGGGGGAAGAAGGGGGAGGGGGGAUGGUAGGGUCCGUCCAAC